UAGCGCAUAACUGCACCAAAUGGCACCGCUUGCCCCCCAAAUCACCGGGCCCCACACCAAAAGGGCAAGGGUUGACUUCGCAUCCGAGGCCUGUCAUUCUGAAAAAAACUGGACCCCCUUCAAAUAAUCCUAGAUCCGCCCCUGCACGAUAUAAGUGUAAAUGUAUUCGUGAAUGAAUAUACGUACAUAUUAUCCUUGUUUCUAUGUGUGUGAGUGCUGUCACAGACCAUCUAUAUUCACUCAGGGCUAAAACACUCCCAGUUAUCCAUUACCUUGCCUAAGAUUUAGACCUAAUUGUCCACACCUAUAUAUUCCUGUCAGGAGCAUGCGUGAUUUAGCUGCACUAAAAACGGAUUCAACCACAUUAAAGCGUGUCUACCAAUCACCUUUAAUGGCCAUUCUGAGCAUUACUUCACACACGUUUAAUAAGCCGUAACAAACCUGGUUUGCAUUAACAACUAUUCCAUUAGGACGCCAGUGUCUGUAGUCUCGUUCACACGGGGUCUAAAAUGGACCAAAAUUAAUUGCUAAAACAGGGGCCUGUUUCACGAACUUCUGAAGCCAUUUGUUGUUAAACUUGUAGCCUAAAAUACUUAGCUGACUAUAAAUUACACUUAAUAUUGAAAAAGGCACUCACCCCUUGAGACAGUUUUCAUGACUAAAGGUUUUACUCUCUCAUUGCAUGGUGACAGAAGCUUUUUAACAUGUAAGUAUGUCAGAUAUAUUUAUCGUGGUCCCAUCGCACCUUAAAACUCUUAAACCAUUAGCUCAACUUUGUACAAUAUUCAAUAACCUUUAGUCCAAUAAUUUAAAGUAGAAAGAAGUAUUAUUUCACAAAUUUGACAAAAUCCGCUAUUACAACGUUGACAGUAAUUGAGGAUGCGCAGAAAUAGUGAACGAUCUACAUUAAGACCUAUAUGUGUACCAGGAACAGUCUCUAGGACAUCAAAGUCGAUGCAAUACUUUCCCGAUUUAAUUUAGUUACAGUGUAACCACUGCAUAAACCCCAUCUGUAUUCUCACCCGAUCUCAAACAAGUACGCGCCGCAUGUAAAGCAUGGUGCAAUAGGUUCUUGAAAAGCCCAACCAAUUUUGUGAUAAAACGAUGCAGAGACCACUGUUUAUGAACCAUUUUGACGCAUCUACAUUAGCUAUAGGCUCCAUACAGAAUAGGGGACUAACUAGUCCGAGGGUAAAAUAUGGCGACCCACUACAAAGCUUGCCGCCUAAUCUGCUUAUAGACACUGAAUGAAUAUCCGGUGGGGAAGUAUUGAAGUAGUAGUAGUUAGUCCCUUAUUCUGAAUGGGGGCUUAAUGACAUAAAUGAGGGUUUAUUUCAAUUCAAUAAAUAAAAACAAGUACUAAAUAUCUCCUUGCAUGUUAAUUUUUAACGAUCCCCGUUUCUGGUAACAGAUUCUUAUUGCCCCACCAAUAUCUAUUUAGAAAUCAUGAUAUGGAAAUGAAUUUAAUGUGAGAUUAAAAUCCAAUUAAACUUUUAGAGGGUGUUUAUUUUACAUAGAGAGUGUUUUAUGUAUUUUACUAUUAUUCCAAUGACAUCUUUCUGUGACAUGAUAUACAUUUGAAACAUUUUCUAUUAUAAACCGAAGCUGUGUAGAAUUUUACGUAACUCAAGUUUGUGUUCGGAUUACCUGACAACAGGUGGAGGCGCUUGUCCGGAACACCAUGGAGCAGUCAGAGCAGGAAACCAGUUUAAAGACGAGGGUCACACGCAAAGGUCUUAAGAUAAAUUUGCCCAAAUGUUUUUACCGCUUUUGCUUCGGAAACUUCUCUUUGCAUAAUACACAAAUCAAUUCGGUUCAUAACUGAUUCGUCUCGAUUUUUCUUCCUGUAUUCCUGUACAAUGUUGACAAUAUUGAGGAAACAUUAAAUAAUCAAAACCACUUGACUUACCGCUUGAUUGUUCCUUAUGCCACAAAGAUCUCCUAUAUUGCACCUGUAAUUGCAUUUUAGUAUUGUCACAAACAUAACAUUUCACCUUAAACAUUGUGUAAUGCCUCUGUAAUGCACUCUAAACAAUUAUAUAGCCCUUUCAUUCUAAACAUGCUCCGAAUACAUUCCAUUUGCAAGCAUCAUAAAUCAGGCUAGAUGUAAAUUUUAGAGAGAAAACAUCUUGUUAAUUGGCCUCAACAGCGCGGUGACACGACGCGGUUCUUGCACAAGGUAAAAGCUCCCCUUCAUCGUACGGUGCUCCACUCCCUCUGCUGGUAAUUGGUACUAGAGGAUUGUUGCGGCUGGAUAAAAUAUAAAUUUUUAUUCUGAUACAUUUACCCCAUUAAUGAAAAUUUGUUGAUGCGGUUGCUGCGCCAGUUUUGAUUAUCCUUAUUUGGGGCCGGAAUGGUUGGGCAUGUUUUGGGUCCCCAUGUAUAACAAAAAUGUAUGUGAAGUUUAGUGAAUAUUAAGAGAUAGGGUAAAUGGAAUUGAGAUUUCGGGACGUAACUGCACUUGCAUCUUGGCUGCCAGCUGGCUGUUAGUCGUAUGUCUCUUUGACAUUCCAUCGGGUCUCACUGCAGCAGAGGGAGGACAUUACACUCACGGCAACGGGUAGAAUGGCGACCCACCAGCGCAUGGCGUGGACUCUACUUUCUCUAGCGUUCGUGCUGUUAACAAUCCAACAGGUCACCGGGAUCCCGUUUGCGACAUACCCUUACGUCAAACCCGACAAACCUCCAACUGCUACAGCACAGGAGUUUAUAUCACUUAUGAAACAGCGAAUGGGGAACCUCCAAACAAAGUUACCGUUUUCUUCGCAAAUUUCGGUUCAGCAUCAAAAGCCGCAGUUGCUAUCUCCGACUUACUUUAACUAUGUCCAGAUGCCGCACCAAUACGCCUUGCCUUUUAUGAUAGAGGUUGACGUGUGUUGGAACCCAUUCAGGACGUAUGGGUCUGGUACAUUUGCUGGUAACGGUCUCAGUGUCCACGGCGCCUGCACCGGAUAUAUGGGGUGCAGGACACAAUGCUACUCCUUGCCAUUCGGUCUUGUCCGGUGUUCUUCGUGUGGCGCUGGAUUCACGCUGACAAAUGAUGGACUGUAUUGUAUAGACAUCAACGAAUGUCGUCUUGGUUUUGCCUAUCAUGGCUGUCAACAGAAGUGUGUCAACCUGCCAGGUGGCUUCAUGUGCACCUGCUUCCCUGGUUACCGCCUCAGGGGUGACUGUCAAACCUGUGCACCGGUGACCUUUGUGACCUUACCGACCCUGCCACCAGUGGUGACGACGACACCAGUAAUCAAGACAACUCCACGUAUAAACGUAUGUGACUCGGAACCAUGUCUGAAUGGGGGUACGUGUGUGACAGUGAACGGGGACGGUUAUGACUGCGUGUGUCCCCCAGGCUUCCAGGGAGUUCACUGUGAGAUAGAUGUGGACGAGUGUUUGUCAGCGCCAUGCCAACAUGGAGGCAGCUGUCAGGACGGGAAGAACAGUUACACCUGUGUCUGUCCUCCGGGAUACGUGGGUGUCAACUGUGAGAUGGAUGAACACCCGUGUGCCUUACAACCGUGUAAAAAUGGCGGAGAGUGUAUUGCAAUCAGGGAUGAUUACGAAUGCAGGUGCCCACGUGGUUAUGAAGGACUUCAUUGCGAAAUCGAUACAAACGAAUGCCUGUCCAACCCGUGCCAGAAUGGAGGGACGUGCAGUGAUCAGAUUGGGUACUAUUCUUGUCAGUGUGUACUGGGUUAUGAGGGAAUAAACUGUGAAAUAGAUAUCAAUGAUUGCUCUCCAAAUCCCUGUGUUCACGCCGUCAGAUGCACGGAUCUGGUCGGAACCUUUACCUGCGAAUGUCUGCCAGGUUACACGGGGAGAUAUUGCGAAAUAGUUUUUGAAGUCUGUAAAGACAAUCUUUGCCAGAAUGGUGCCACGUGCACUGAUGACGUCGAUGGUUACCGCUGUAUCUGUCCUCCAGGUUAUACUGGACGCUACUGUGGUGAAGACAUUGACGAAUGCGCCACUUCCCCGUGUCAAAACGAGGCAACUUGCACGGACUUGGUCAACGGCUAUAGCUGCUCUUGUGUAGACGGCUACACGGGGAGAGACUGCGAACAAGAAAUAGACGAAUGUGCGUCCAACCCAUGCGUCUACGCUGUAAGGUGCAACGAUCUACGUGAUGGCUACGAGUGCGACUGCGUACCCGGCUACACGGGAAUUAAUUGUGAAACAGAGAUCGAGGAGUGCAGUUCUGCUCCCUGCCAGAACAGUGGAACAUGUGUGGAGGAGAUAGGACGGUACAGGUGCCUCUGUACACCUGGCUUCACGGGGGUAAACUGUGAACAAGACGUGGACGAAUGUGCAUCCUCUCCGUGCCACGAUGGCGCAUGCGUAGAUCAGGUGAACGGCUAUCUUUGUAUCUGUCCGCCAGGAAUAACAGGAACCAACUGUGAGAAUGAUAUAGACGAGUGUGAGGAGAAUCCGUGUGAACAUGGCGGAGCCUGUAUCAAUACCAUAGGUAGCUACAGAUGUCAGUGCCCCUUGGGAUACGGCGGAGUUCACUGUGAAAUAGAUGUUGACGAGUGUGCCAGUGCGCCCUGUCUGCACGGCUCAACCUGCGUGGACGGUGUGGGAAGAUACCAGUGUGUCUGUACUCCGGGAUACACGGGGGUACAGUGUCAACAAGAUAUAAACGAGUGUGCCUCUCAACCGUGUCAAAAUGAUGGCACCUGUCGUGAUAGGGUCAAUGGCUACUUGUGCACAUGCCCGGAUGGGUACACGGGAGUUAACUGUGAAGAGGAAGUAGACGAAUGUCUCUCCCAGCCGUGUAGAAAUGGCGGCACGUGUGUUGACCAGGUCAAUGGUUACCGGUGUUUGUGUCAGCGAGGGUUUGCUGGCCCUGACUGCGGCAUAGAUAUUGAUGAAUGCGCGUCUGCUCCUUGUCAGCAUGGAGGCUCGUGUGUGGACGAAGUUGGACAGUACAGAUGUAUUUGUCCACCAGGAAUUACAGGCCCCAAUUGUGAACAAGAUGUGAACGAGUGUGCAUCAGACCCCUGUAUUAACGGCGGUAUCUGCACUAAUCUACAGAAUAUGUUCCAGUGCGCAUGCCCGCCGGGUUUUACCGGAACACGAUGCCAAAUAGAUAUUGAUGAGUGCUCGUCUUUACCCUGUGAAAAUGGCGGUCAGUGCGAGGACGGGGUCAAUGAGUACAAAUGUCAAUGUCCACGUGGUUACGCUGGUAUAAACUGUGAACAAGAGGUCGUUGAGUGCGACUCAAAUCCUUGUCAGAACGGGGGCCGCUGUGUGGAUGGCAUUGACGAGUACCAGUGUGUCUGCCUCCCAGGCUUUACGGGCAGCAACUGCCAGAUAAACGUGGACGAGUGUCAGUCGGAGCCGUGUCAACAUGGAGGGACAUGCGUGGACCAGGUCAACGGCUAUACCUGCACCUGUCCAUCAGGGUAUGGGGGCGUCCACUGCGAGAUAGUGACUGAUGAGUGCCUAUCUCAACCAUGUCAGAACGGUGGUACAUGUGUAGAUGGGGACGGACAGUACACAUGCCUCUGCGUAGAGGGGUACAUUGGCGUCAACUGCCAACUAGAGCGUGACGAGUGUGACACCAGACCUUGCCAGAAUGGCGGGCGGUGCGUGGAUGCCUUCAAUGCCUACACAUGUGUCUGUCUCCCUGGUUACGUCGGAUUGAACUGCCAAACAGAAACCAACGAGUGUGAGUCAGAGCCUUGCCAACAUGGCGGCAGGUGCGUGGAUGAGGUCAACCGGUACAGGUGCCAGUGUCGUCCGGGUUAUUUUGGCAGGCAGUGUCAGACAGAGCUGAACGAAUGCUUGUCCUCUCCGUGUCAAAAUGGCGGCACGUGUAACGAUGAGGUUAACGGUUACACGUGCAGCUGUAUUCCUGGGUACGAAGGCGUUAACUGCCAGAUAGAUCGUGACGAGUGCGCCUCGGAGCCGUGUCAGAACGGCGGCGUAUGUGAAGAUGACAUAAAUGGAUACACGUGUCGCUGUCUUGGUGGCUACACAGGUGUGAAUUGUCAGAUAGGAGUAAACGAAUGUGCCUCGCUUCCGUGUCAGAAUGGCGGGGAGUGUGUGGACGGCGUGAACAGAUACACGUGUAUUUGUCCAGAAGGGUAUGCUGGCAGGGAUUGUCAAGUUGAUAUAAAUGAAUGCCAGUCAGCGCCGUGCCAGAACGGGGCCACGUGUUUAAAUGAAAUCAACAAGUACACGUGUCUGUGUCCGCCAGGGUACGCUGGUGUCAACUGUCAAUCAGAAAUCAACGAGUGCGACUCGUCACCUUGUCAAAAUGGCGGCAGGUGCACGGACGGUAUCAACAGGUAUGACUGCACGUGUCGCGCCGGGUACUCGGGGGUCAACUGUCAGGAAGAAAUAGACGAGUGUGCCUCCAACCCCUGUCAGAACGACGCCUCGUGUGUGGACGGCUUAAACAGAUACCAGUGUCUCUGUGUACCGGGAUAUACCGGUGUCAGGUGUGAAACAGGUAGGUGUCUCUGUGUACCGGGAUAUACUGGUGUCAGGUGUGAGACAGAUAGGUGUCUCUGUGUACCGGGAUAUACUGGGGUCAGGUGUGAGACAGAAACAGACGAGUGUGCCUCCAAUCCCUGUCAGAAUGAUGCCCGGUGUGUGGAUGGGUUAAACAGAUACCAGUGUUUAUGUGUACCGGGAUAUACUGGUGUCAGGUGUGAGACAGAUAUAAACGACUGCGACCCGUCCCCAUGUGUCAACGGCGGGAACUGCACGGACUUGGUGAACGGAUACAGCUGUAUGUGCCGAGAAGGCUUCACGGGAAGACGCUGUCAAAUUGAUAUCAAUGAGUGUGCGUCGGCGCCAUGUUUGAAUGGCGGAGUCUGUCGAGACCAGGUGAACGGCUACACGUGCUUCUGUCCAGCCGGCUUCACGGGGCUCAAGUGUGAAACCAAUAUUGAUGAGUGUGCAUCCAAUCCUUGCCAGAAUGGUGCCACCUGUAAGGACGGCAUCGCGUUCUACACCUGCACGUGUGCUCUAGGAUUUACCGGCGUCCAUUGUGAAACGGAUAUCAAUGAGUGUGCCUCAGACCCCUGCCUCAACGGUGCCACGUGCCUGGAUCUCAUUGGAAAGUACCAGUGCGCAUGCGUCUUGGGAUACACUGGAAUAAAUUGUGAAACGGAUAUAAAUGAAUGCGCAUCUAACCCUUGUCAGCAUGACGGGACGUGUUUUGACGAGAUCGGUUACUACACCUGUACCUGCGUCCCUGGAUACACAGGGCUCAGCUGUGAGACAGACAUCAAUGAAUGCGAAUCAGCUCCGUGUCAAAAUGGGGGCACGUGCAAUGACCUGGUCAACAUGUACACGUGCGAUUGUCCACCCAUGGUCACUGGAAUUAACUGCGAGAUAGUGUGGGUAGAAGUGCCCAUAUGCCCCGCACCCAACGGCACGUUCCGGCACCCACUUCGCUGCAACGAGUUCUACACUUGCGCAGUAGAUUUCGUAGUUCUCCAUGACAACCCUUGUCCACAUGGAAUGCACUACGACAACGUGACUGGCAGGUGCGCGUCACCAGAGGCGGUGCUCUGUGACGUCAUGGCAAUGCACGUCCGACAGGUUAUGAGGAAUCGAACAGAGCCGCCGCCGUGCGAGGUAAAAGGAAACCCCAACAACUGUGGUGGUUACCUGGUGGCGUGCUAUGACGAGGUGAACGACACCAUGAUAGACGUGGAAUACGUUUGUCCUGUGGGGUUGUUGUUCAAUGAGAACACCAGCAAGUGUGAAGAAGAUACUACUAUACGCUGUAAAAACAGGACCAUACACAAGAAUCCAAUAUGCCGCGCUCCUAAUGGUAACUGGGAGGAGCCGUUGAACUGCAGAGACUUUGUCACGUGUGAAGAUUACCAAGUUUACAGGAACAGACCGUGUGCCAGAGGUCUUAUGUAUGUGGAGUCCAAAAACUGGUGUGACUGGCCCUGGAACGUCAAGUGUCAUAAUCGGCCCAUACUGCCGCUGCCACCGGUGGAGAAGCCAAAGCCCAAACCCAAGCCAGGGUGCCCUUAUGACAUGAGCGACCCUCCAGCACCGCCCAGCACAGGGCUAGAUGGUUACCCUGUGUGUCCGGGCUCGGAAGGAAUCUACAAACAUCCCGUUGCCUGCAAUCAGUACAUGACCUGUGUCGGUUUCGAGGUUGUCCAGAUUCAUGAGUGCCCGGGACGAACACAGCUCUAUGAUUGGCUGACAAAGCAGUGUACUGACGAGCCAGUCUGCUGUACCUACGAAUCGGAAGCGCUUGUACCUGAACCUGAUGGCUCCUGGCAGAAGAGAGCAUGGAGUCCAUAA